UUUUAAAAAUUUGCACUCUAAAAUAGAACAAAUUAUUGCUUCAUGUUUAGACAUGAUUAUUGUGAUCAAAUAUAUAGCUUUUAAUUACUAUUGAGAAAUUAAUAAAACUUUUGCAAUGAUUUUACUCUGCUUGCUGAUCUUUAAUUUAGUUUUCGUUAAUAGUUUUAGUUAUCCUAAUUCCUCAUUUUCAUUACGCGAUGAUUUUAGUACAAAACGUGAGAAGAGGGAUUCUUCGUAUGACACGAAAUUAAUAGCUGAACCGGCAUGCUCAAAAAUUAUUCAAUUGUGCAGCGAUUUAAACUUACAAACUGACGAUUUAUAUACAUUAGAAUGCAUUUACUCCCUGAAACCUAUUACUAUAUCAUCUAUUGAUGAUAAAUGUCAGCAUAUUAUCUGGUCUCACACUACUGAUUUAAUGAGUGACCAUAAUAUCCAAAAAAUUACCAAAGCCUCAUGUGAGAAAGAUCUGAAAAUAAUUGAUUGUCCAGUUUCUAAUGAUAUUGGACAACACUUAACUUGUUUGGUAGAUCAUUUACAAGAUAUUACUGAUGUAUCGUGUAAAGAGAUUGUACAAAAGUUGGAAUUUGUAGCAUUUAGCGAUUACAGAUUAAUAUCAUCUUUCAUCAAAAGUUGUAUAAAUGAUGUCGAUAAACUAUCUUGUGGUCGUCUAAGUGUUAAUAGGGAAAUGAGCCAAGGCAAGACAAUAGCGUGUUUGCAAACAUAUAUAAAUGAUCUGCCGGCUACUUGCAAAAGUGAGGUAUUACAUUUAUCAGAAUUGCAAGCUGAAAAUAUAAAAUUGGACCGCCAACUCUAUAUUAGCUGUGGUCCUGACAUAAUGCGUUUUUGUCCAGAACUGCCUCCGGAAUCUGGUUUGUUAUUUAAAUGUUUAAUCUAUCAUAAAUCUGAGCAUACUAUGAGUAGACAUUGCUUCAAUCAGCUUAUACGAAGGGAGAAAUUAAUUGUGCAAGAUUACAAAGUCAGUAGAGGUCUUGCGCAUGCUUGUAAAGAUGACAUUAAAGCAUAUCAUUGCAGAAGAGGAGUAUCAAAUAAUAAAGAUAUCAGGCUAGCUCAAAUAUUAUUAUGCUUGGAAGGUGCUAUGAAAAACAAUAGCCGAAUUACCUCUGACUGUGAAGCUGAAAUGAUUGAACAUAGAAAAAUGCUAUUACAGGACUAUCAGUUAUCCCCAGAUUUGAUUCAUAGUUGCCAAAAAGAUAUACCAAAGUUUUGUAGCAAUUUAGAUGCAAAUGGUAGGACAAUUCAUUGUCUGAUGGAGCAUGCCAAGCCUCGUCGAAAAAAGGAUCAAAGGAUAUCAGCAGAAUGCCAAAGAGCAUUAGAAACACUAAUUAAAAUUACUGAUGCUGGUGAAGAUUGGAGAGUGGAUCCAGUGUUAAGAGAGAGCUGUAAGCCAGUUGUAGAUGUUGCUUGUAAAGAAAUACAUGGAGGUGGUUCAAGAGUUAUGUCAUGUUUAAUGGAACAAUUGGGAACAGAUCACAUGACUGAGGAUUGUGAAACUGCUUUGGUACAAAUACAGUAUUUUGUAGCAAGAGAUUUUAAAUUAGACUCUCAAUUAUAUCGAGCCUGCAAAGAGGAUGCAAUUCACAAAUGUCAUGCGAAGAAGGGGUGGAUCAAUGAUGAAAAUUCUGAAACUGAUCCUGAGCGUGGUCCUCUUGUUUUACCUUGUUUAUAUCGAUAUGCUUACCACCCUGACUUGAAUAUGAAGUUAAAGCCUGUAUGCUUGCAUGAAAUAAAAAGAGUUAUGCGACAAAGAGCUAUCAGUGUUGAUUUGUUGCCUGAAAUUGAAGAUGCCUGUUUGGAUGAUCUUGCCAUGUUUUGUUUUGAAAAAACAGGGAGGGGAGAAGAAAUGUUAUGCUUGCAGAAUAAUUUAGAUUCUCUUAUGCCUCAAUGUAAGCAAGUUGUGUCAAAUUUCACUGAAAAUGAAGCUGGUAACAUUGAGCUAAAUCCUGUGAUCAUGACAGUUUGUCGAUCUACCAUGGAAAAAUACUGUAGUGGUAUUUUAAAAACUGGUAGAGAUGAAGGAGAUAUGAUGGAGUGCCUUAUAGCUCAUAAGAAUGAACCUGAUGUCAGAGCUGGAAUGAAAUGUCGUGCAGCCAUAGAACAUUUUCAAUUGAUUUCUCUCAAAAAUUAUCAUUUUACCUAUAAAUUUAAAGAGGCUUGCAAACCUCAUGUUUCUAGACAUUGCCCAUUAUCUAAUACUAAAUAUGAUAUUAUUGCUUGCUUAAGUGAAGUUAUUAGAAAUGAAACAAUUAAGGGCAACAGGCACUCAAUCCCAAAGGAGUGUAGGCAACAAGUUAAAGCUCAAUUAUAUCAGCAAAGAGAAAAUAUUGACUUUAAUGUAAGAGUAAAAAUGGCUUGUGAAGAAGAUAUACAGAAAUUCUGCAGGAAAGUAGAGCAUGGAUCAGGACAGGUUUUAGAAUGUUUGCAAGAACAACAAGGAUCUUUGUCAAAGAAAUGCCAGCAUGCCUUGUUCCCCUUGAAACAGCAAGAACUACUAGACAGUUCUGUAGAUUUUGCUCUAUUAAAUUCAUGCCAUGAUAUGCUAAAACAAUAUUGUGGUGAUAAAGAACCUAGCCAGGCUCUCGAAUGUCUCAAAUUGCACAGAAAUGAAGUAUCCUUUGAUCACAAGUGUCGUUUGGUCAUAAUGCAUAGAAUGGUUCAACAAAAUUUAGACUAUCGAUUUAAUCCAGCAUUAAUGGCUGCUUGCAAUUUAGACAUAUAUAAAUUUUGUACUAAAGCACUUGAAGAAGCUGUACCAAAUGAAGAGCUAAAUGGAAAAGUUAUAGAUUGUCUUAAGAAAAAAUUCAGAAGUGCGAAAUUAUCAAGAUCUUGUGAAGGGCAAAUGACUAUUGUACUUCGAGAUCAAGCUUUAAAUUAUAAGUUGAAUCCAUUACUUGCUACUAUGUGCAAAGCAGAAAUCUCAACCAUAUGUAGAUUGAAUGAAGAUGAACAAGAUGCGGGAGAGGUUGAAGAAUGCUUACGAAAUGCUUUAGUGAAACAUAAAAUUGUCAACAAGGAAUGUAUGAUUGAAGUGGCAGCUUUAAUAGAGGAAGGUAGAGCUGACAUUCAUGUAGACCCACUUCUUCAAAGGGCUUGCUCAAUUGAUUUGUUAAAAUAUUGUGGAGAUGUGCAGCCUGGGGCAGGAAGAUUGAUCAAGUGCCUACAAGUGAUUCUUGGUGAUAAAACAAAAACGUUAGAGGAAGAAUGCUAUUCAAAACUAACAAAACGAAUGGAGAUGUUUUCAAAUGCUGCAAAUGUAUUACCUUCUGAUGUUCAAGAUCUUGUUGGUCAGGUUUAUAGGUCACCAUCAAGGAAUUAUUUUAUGUUUAUGUUCUUAUCUAUAGUUGGUUUGAUAUUCAUGUUUGGUUUGUUUUGUGGCAGAAUUACUCGGCGAGCAAUUAUACUUAAAAAUAAAUAAUUUAUAUGUUUAUAGAA